CCCACUACAGAGCAAAUCUCACGAGGGUUUUUGAAUGUAAAACUGAUCCUUCUUUUGGGGAAGAAUUCAUAUUUUCAACUUCUGCCUCACUCAACCCCACAAUCCAAUCCCCAUGGGAAGAGUACUUAAACCUAAUAUUACUAAUAUACUCUUCACUAAACAUCAACUUGAAGGUUCCUUUGUCAUUUUGCUCUUGGCUUUUGAAAAUUGAACCUUCAACAGAGUGUGCAAAGAAGUCUUCCGCAAUUCUUCAAAACCCCAUCAUAUAAAGAACCAAUUUGGAGAUCCACCCACUCAAAACCCAAAAACCUGUACUAAACUCUUUCUGCUUCCCCCUUACUGCUCAAAGCUCUGUUUUUUUCUCGGUCAAAUGGAGGAGAAGAGUGACACGGAUAAGGGCAGCGAUGACGUGAUGCUGCCCGGUUUCAGGUUCCAUCCGACGGACGAGGAGCUGGUAGGGUUCUAUCUGAAGAGGAAAAUACAGCAGAGGUCUCUGGCUAUUGAGCUCAUUAAGCAAGUCGAUAUCUACAAAUACGACCCCUGGGAUCUUCCAAGGGUGGCGACGACUGCAGGGGAGAAAGAGUGGUAUUUCUACUGUCCAAGGGACCGGAAGUACAGGAACAGCGCGAGGCCGAACCGGGUAACCGGAGCCGGUUUCUGGAAGGCGACCGGAACAGACCGUCCGAUUUACUCAUCGGAAGGAACCAAGUGCAUUGGGCUGAAGAAGUCAUUGGUUUUCUACAGAGGAAGAGCUGCCAAAGGGAUCAAGACUGAUUGGAUGAUGCACGAGUUCCGGCUCCCUCCUAUCCCCGGCGCCGAUCAAAAUCAGCAAUCCCUUCAGCCGAAGAAACUCCUCGACAAAUCCCUUCCUCCCAACGAAGCAUGGGCGAUAUGUCGGAUAUUCAAGAAGACGAAUUCCAUGGCGCAGAGAGCUCUGUCUCAUCAUCCAUGGAUGAUGUCGUCGCCUCUACAUCACGAAACGACACAGUCUGAUCACCACUUCUUCAACCAGCACCUUAACCAACACCAAGCCACCUCCUCAUCCGACGUGGUUUCUUGCGUGUCAGAGCUUGGAUCAUCACCAUUCUUCCCACAACAAGCUUCAACUCCAAGUUUCUCUCCUCCACCGCUGUUCCCAUUCCCUCAAGCUCCCAACAACUUCAUUUUUUCCUCGAUCGAAACUUCGUCGGGUUCAGUUUUGUCCAACAAGGCCUCUUCCGAAGCCCUGGAAUUUGAAGGGCAGGGGCAGCAGUUCAGUGGAUUCUCCAUCAGUACUCUGCAUCAAGAGAUGGAGAGUAGUGGUGGAGAAGAUGAUGAUAAUCAUAACCACAAUCAUCAGUGGGUUGGGAGUGAGAUUAGGUCGAUUGGCUUUCCUUUCAGCUUGCCUGCAAAUCCUGCACCAGAUGAUGCAUGGGAUUCACCCCCACCAAAUUCAUGUCCUACUGAGAUCUCCACUGCUACUACUACUUAUUCAACGAACAAAUGCUACACUUAAAUCCCCUGAUUUUGAAGUAACUUGGAUGGAUAAUGGACCAUGGGAUUUAAUUCUAGCAUUUGUUUAAGGAAUGGGUUUGUGUGUAUACACUAUUUGUGUGGUAAGUAUUGUUUUUGUAUGGGGGAUUUGUGCAGAGGAUAUUGAAGCUCAUUUCAUUUGUGUACAUGAUAUUUUGUAAUCAAUGUUGUAUAGUUUUUUUUUUAAACAGUUUUUGUGUUCAUAAGAAGAUUUUAUUUAUUGAUG